AUGGUGGACCUCCCCAUCCAGGUCGACUAUGAGGCCAUUAUUUUCCCAGCUGAAGACGACAGCUCUGUCACCAGCGAGCUUCAUCUCAGCAAAGCAGAAGACGGUCCAGAGAUCCAAGGGGAAACCGUUUCUUCUGCUACCCUUGAGGAUCCCCCCUUAGCGGAGGUUCAGCUGAAUUCAUCUCUCGCUGCUGAAUCUACGUCUCUUAACUCAGAUGAGGUCCAGCAAGCAUGUCAGCCAUCUCCGAGGUUAGAAGAACCAAAGACUAAGCCCAGUGCGGGUCUUUCUUCUGAGGCACCGUACUCACACCAUCAUGAUAAAAACAAGAGAAAGCCAUGGCACACCGGGGCCAACAGGAAAACUGAUGUUGACCGCCCCAAGUUCUAUCAAAGCAACAGGAUGCCACGCCAUGCAUCAGCGGUUACGAUGAGCCCUCGCUCGAUGUGCAUCGAAGAGGCUCUCAAACACAUCAACGACCUCACUCAGCAGGUUACUGCUCUAAAAACAGAGCUGCACGAGAGGACUUGUGAUCUGCAUGAGGAGAGAGAACAAAGAAUCGAGUUUCAGGUUGACUGCAAAGCUCAGAAGGAACAAAUCGCAGAACUGGAAAAAAGUUUAGAACGUGAACGUAGCAUGAGACUCAAAAGUGAAGAGAAAGAGGAGAAGCAGGAAACAUUCACUGUAACCCAGCCUACAGGUGCGUCAAAGUUACCACGCAUUCCCACAGUUACAGUGUGCGUCAGUGUCCUGCAUGAGCUCGCCUUCCUGAAGAGGCAGGCUGAGAAAAACGCCAGUAGAGAAGGGAGGAUGGCAGAGGCUUUUGUAGAAGAACGAGAGCUGAGGCUCAAAUAUGAGGAACAGCUGAAUACUAAAACUGAAAAUGACUCCAGACUCAAGAAACAGGAGGAACUGAUCAAGUCUUUGAAAACUCAAAACAUCAUGAAGCUUCCUCACAAACAGAGGAGUCCAUGA